AUCUGCCUCUCCAUAUAUUAAUAGCUACUCAAGCCUCUCAAAUAAAUUGAGAAUAUCUUCCACCAAUGUUCUACGCCCGCACUUAACCUGAGGUUACCACUAGUUUUUGAACUACCCUAUUCCUACCCUCCCCUCCCCUCCCAUCGGAAAAAUAUUUUCCCCGACCAGUCCCCCUCUUUUCUAUCAGAUGUUCAAGAUGGCGGACCUUGACGAACAACAAACUAGUACAGUCACAAAGGUUUCAGCUAAGGGUAACAGAAGACGAUUUGUAGGGAGCAAGUCUGCUGCCGCCAAAAAUGCGACUUCAUUAAGCGAAAGUGGUAAUGUAGUUCAGAGGACAGUGACUCAGAUACCUAAUGAAAUAUUAAAUAAUAUUCAACUACAAGAAGCUGUAAAACAGCUUCCAUCAAAUUAUAAUUUUGAGAUUUAUAAGACUGUCUGGAGAAUACAGAGUUUGAAGGCAAAAAGAGUUGCACUUCAAAUGCCUGAAGGAUUGCUGUUGUUUGCUUGCACUAUUGCUGACAUCCUACAAAGGUUUACAGGUUGUGAUACAGUCAUUAUGGGUGAUGUGACCUAUGGCGCUUGUUGUGUCGAUGACUACACUGCGACAGCUUUGGGUUGUGAUCUCCUGGUGCAUUAUGGGCAUAGUUGCUUGGUCCCUAUCGAUGCUAUGACAGGCAUUAAGAUGCUUUAUGUAUUUGUGGAUAUUAAGAUUGAUAUAUCACAUUUUGUGGAUUCUGUAGGGUUUAAUAUUCCACUGGGAUCUCGUCUUGCUCUCGUUAGUACUAUACAAUUUGUAGCAGCUCUCCAGGCUGCGUCAAUGGAACUUUCCAAGGAUUACAAAGUAGAAAUUCCCCAGUGUAAGCCGCUAUCUCCCGGUGAGAUUCUUGGCUGCACUUCUCCAAAACUGACUGAUAAAGAUGCAUUUAUAUAUCUUGGUGAUGGUCGAUUUCAUUUAGAAGCUGUCAUGAUUGCAAAUCCUUCAAUAUCAGCCUAUAGAUAUGAUCCUUAUGAAAAAGUAUUUAGCAAAGAGUAUUAUGACAUAGAUGCCAUGCAUCAAGCCAGAAGGAACGCCAUCCAGAAGGCUGUGUCAGCUAAGAAAUAUGGUCUUAUAUUAGGUACUCUUGGUCGUCAGGGCAACCCUAAAGUUAUGCAGAAUCUUGAAAACAAAAUUAAGGCUGCAGGUUUGGAAGUUAUAACAGUGUUAUUAUCUGAAAUAUUUCCUGACAAACUCCAGCUCUUUGAGGAUGUUGAUGCAUGGGUACAAGUCGCCUGCCCUCGUUUAUCUAUUGACUGGGGUACAGCAUUUACAAAACCACUUCUUUCACCAUAUGAGGCAUCUGUUGCUCUGCAGGCAAUAGAAUGGCAAAAGGACUACCCAAUGGAUUUCUAUUCCUACUCAAGUCUAGGACCCUGGACAGUGAACAAUGAGAUAAACAGACCUGCUGUGAAGGCCAGGAGAAAAAAUAAAUUACUAACGGAAAAGGUUAUUGAAAGUAAAGACUUGAAGGAGUCAGGUAUUGAAUCAAUAGAUAAGGACAUAGGGUGUGGAACAGGUGAUACGUGUUGUGGCAAGUGUACUAAAGAAGCACCAAGCAAGCCUGAAGAUAGCAAAGAGGGUUAGGAAUGGAUUCUGAUACAAGGUUUGGAAAAAAAAAACAAGAAAGAUGGUUGAAUCAAUAGAUAAGGACACAGGGUGUGGUACAGGGGAUACAUGUUGUGGCAAGUGUACUAAAGAAGCACCAAGCAAGCUUGAAGACAGCAAAUAGGGUUAGGAAUGGAUUCUGAUACAAGGUUUGGAAAAAAAACAAGAGUGGUGGUUGAAUCAAUAGAUAAGGACACAAGGUGUGGUACAGGUGAUACAUGUUGUGGCAAGUGUACUAAAGAAGCACCAAGCAAGCCUGAAGACAGCAAGGAGGGUUAGGAAUGGAUUGUGAUACAAGGUCUGGAAUGAAAACAAGAAAGAUGGUUGAAUCAAUAGAUAAGGACACAGGGUGUGGAACAGGUGAUACAUGUUGUGGCAAGUGUACUAAAGAAACACUAAGCAAGCCUGAAGAUAGCAAAGAGGGUUAGGAAUGGAUUCUGAUACAAGGUCUGGAAUGAAAACAAGAAAGAUGGUUGAAUCAAUAGAUAAGAACACAGGGUGUGGAACAGAUGAUACAUGUUGUGGCAAGUGUACUAAACAAGCACCAAGCCAUUCAUUGACCAUAUGAUAGCCAAAAAUCACUGGACAGGCCCAUCACAAGCACCUUGAAAGGGGAGGUUUGUUUUCAACCAAUCUUAGUUAUGCCAUUUCUUGAAAAACUCAAAUAGCACAAAACAUUAUUUCGUACUCCUACARAGGKGGGGGGGGGGGGGGUUCAUUCAAACCAUCGAACCACCCCUAGCGAGGGGCCUGAAAAAAGUGGCAAAUAACAAGAUUGACAAAAUAAACCAACUGACACUUUAUUCAUUCACAGUAAUUAAAUGCAUUUUUAUAUAUAAAUCUGAUACAUAGAUUUUAGAAAAUGAGAAAUUCAAGCUGAUAUAUAAUAAAGAGUAUAAAUUUA